AUGGAUUUCAACGAAUGGCGGAUUGCUACUUUCGCUUUCUCCUCCAGGGCUUUUAUUUUGAUUUUGCAGUGCCUGGCAAAUACUUUGAUACCUGACCAUGAUGCUAAAGUAUUUAAUCCACCAAAAGACAAGAGUAAUGUUUUCUGGCCAGAUUGGAUUGUUGACUUCCUACUGAGUGGCCUGCGAAGAUGGGAUGCUGUGUACUUCACCCAUAUCAUGCAGUUUGGAUAUACAUAUGAAAACUGUGUUGCAUUUUUUCCAUGCUACCCUCUCAUUGCUGGCAGUAUUUCAUAUUGUCUGCAGAAAUUUGGAAUUUUAAGUCCCGGUUCUUGGAUAUUACUGACUUCUGUGUUGUUAAAUAUAAUACUGUUUAUAGUAACUGCAGUACUACUGUACAGACUGGGAAAACAUCUUAUGAAAGUAGACAUAGCAUAUUUUGGAGCGCUGAUGUUCUGUAUUAAUCCAGCGAGCAUAUUUAUGAUUGCGCCAUAUUCUGAAACCCUGUACAUGUUUUUGUUGCUGCUGGCUUUGCUGAAGCUUCAGGAAGGUGCAAUGUUUACUGCGUCAUUUUUCAUUGGACUCAGUGUUUUCACAAGAUCAAAUGGAUUAGUGGGAAUUGGAUUUGUGUUGCAUUACAUUGCUAAAUCUCUGAUUUUAAAUUUACAAGCAUUAGUUUUAGCAAGAAACUUGAAACUGUUUACAUCUAUAUAUUAUAGUAUAUAUAUUUUACUGCAAGCUGUGACUAAAGCAAUAGUUUGUUUUGUUUUAAGCAUGGCGCCGUUUUUCAUAUAUCAGUUUUACAUUUACCAAAAGUUUUGCUUGCCAUUAACUGUCAGAGAUUCCCUGCCAGACAGUUUGAUCAAAUAUGGAAGAUCUCAGGGCUACCAUCUGCUGGGGGAUGAACCAUCUCUCUGGUGCAAGGAAUACCUACCAUUGUCCUACUCUUACAUACAGAAACAUCACUGGGAUGUUGGAUUCCUCCAUUACUACCAAAUAAAACAAAUACCAAACUUUCUUCUGGCCGCUCCAAUCCUCAUAUUCAGUUUUGCAGCCUGCCGAUAUUUCUUGAAAAUAAACCCACAGCCAUAUUAUACACUGGGGCUGUAUCCAGCACAAAAGUUGGUGUCACAUUCAAACACGGACCAAAGAACAGAAAUCACAGCCAGCGCCUUCAUACAGGAUAGCUGCAUCAGUAAAGAUGGGAUGGCUGGAAAUACUGUCGCUACACAAGACAUUCUUGUCUAUGUUUAUCACCUGAUGGCUCUCACGUUGUUUGGUUGUAGCUUUGUUCAUAUCCAG